AAGUUGUUUUCAGUUAAGUACGAAACUUGUUAGACCCUCGAAGCCUUUCAAAUGUUUUGAUUAAUAUCUUAAGAUAUGCAGGUUUCCUACGUAUUCAAUGAUUAUAGAUAUGUUUGACAGUAGACUAAAAUAUAUUGUCACUAUAUCAAUAUUGGAAUAUAAAACAGGAAGACAUAUUCAGACGAAAGUUUUUAUCAUCAAAUAUUUCAAGUGUAUAGAAACAGUAUCGAUUUAAUCACUGAUAAACAAUAUGUUCAUACUAGAUAAUUUGAAAAAUAUCAACAGGGAGAUAUGAUUGUAUAUGAUUUGUGUAUUACAAAAGAAGUGUGGAUGAUUAUACUUUUAUUUAUUUUGUUUAGAUAUACAGAUUUCAUCCAAGGGACGAGUAUCGAAAUUUUAAGCGCAACAUGUCCCAGAUCUUGUGAUAACGUGACAAUCGAAGUAUGUACUGGCCGUGGUUGUGAUAUGAAUGCAACUAGCACCUGCUUUUCACACAAAUUCGAACCAAUAAUUGGCUAUAAACAUGUGUUUAAGUGCAGCGAAAAGUUCAUAAAUUUAAUCAAAGGAAAAGUCUACUUUGGAAAAGAAAACUAUACUUUAUGCGAAAAUCCACCCGAGCACGGUCCGAAUGCUACUUGUCUAAAACGCCCAACUGCAACGUGCAAGAUUGAAAAUAUCGAACAGGCACAUAACUCUAACAACAACUAUUCGUUUGAAGUGAAAAUAGGCGACGAGUGUACACGUACUAACUAUUUACCAUAUAUACUAACGGGAGUAGGAGUUGUCGCCCUUGCUUUUGCUGCAGUGAUUCUAUUUUAUAAUAGAAAUGCCUGUGUCCAAUGUAUCAAAGGAAUAGCGCAGAAGAGAAGAAGGAAGGGUAAUCGUGUAGACGAUUUAGAUCAGAUAGACAAUGAAGAUGAUGCUAUACCCGCCAUAUUAAGAGAAAAAACAACAAUUCAAAAUCCAAGAGGACCAAUUCAAACCAAUAUAUAGCAUACUUUUUAGAUAAACACAAUAGUUCCAUUUCAUUAAAGUAACGACCUAAUCAUUAAAGUAAAGUUACUUAAAAACAGAAAAGCAAGAAGUUAAUCAUAUGAACAUCAUGGCAGUGCAGGAAAAUGUAAACAGAACAUUCUUUUUGUGCUAAAGACCUUUAAAGAGUGGAACCAUUUGCCUGGCUCAAUUAUCAAACCUCAUUA